UAGCGUACUCGUUGGAGAGGGCAUCCAACAAGAGGUGCAAAACGAAGGUUUCGUUAACAAAGCCCCCGUUUCGAAAGGGACUCUGCGGUGGCGAGCAUUGAGAGCAUGUUGCGGAUUCUCUGCCAUCGGGAUCUUGUUGGAUGUCAGGGAUUUCAACUCAUCCGCAGGCUGCAUGGACGAUUCUGGGUCGUACAACCCCUUCAGCUCACGGAGCGCCCUCAGGGGCGACUCAGCUCGCUUCAUUAUUGUCCUGUCUUUCUCGUCCUUGAGAGCUCCACGGAGGAAAUUCCACGCGUGGAAAGCGAGCUCUACUUUGUCGUGCGGGUAAAACCUGGACAGUUGGACCUUGCUCUGCCCACUGUUAACGGGGAUCUCCGCCCCCCCCUCCUCGUAAAGCUCAAGAAGGUUUGCUGCGUUCGCUGCCAUCAAAAAAUCCUCUAGCCACGAAGAAAACUCUUGGCGUCUCCGCUGAACGUGGGCGCUGUGUACUUCACGCUUUGGUAUCCCACGCUCGCACUACCGAAGACAGCAGCACCACUUCCCAUGGCGCUGCUGAAACAAGCUUGAUUGUGAGCAGCGGCUACUCUCACCUCUUGGGGGUCUGAACCCCCUACUUCGCCGCUGUGUCGUCCCGAAGGACCAGACUCUCGUCGCAGGUCCGCUGCCUGCGCGCUCCCGUCGUACUGCACGGUCCCAAAAUGACCUGCAGUGCUUGUGGCGACGCUCUCCACGGCGCCGCCGCUUUCAGCGGCGCCCUCCGUGGCACCGCCGGACUUCUCCUCUAUACGUGCAGCAAGUCCUCCGACCAGCUGCACCAGCUGGCCCAUUUGCUGUGUCAGCGAACUGAUCUCAGACCGCAUGCUGUCGAUCUGCUCGCUGCUAUUGGUGUCUCCUGCCUGCGAGCCGUCCGGAGUGGUCCCUCCGGUUCUGCGGCCCGCCAUCCCUAAUGGACUCCCUCGAGGGAAUAAACACUAGUGUGUUGGUAUGUCCGUACUUGGGAGGAGAAGACACGCUUUAACUCUCUCUGAUUAGGCACCCGCGGGAGCGAGGAAAGGAAGGGAAGAAGUGGCCCUCCCGAAUUCGGGGAAGGGGGCCCACACAUAGUAGCCUUUUUCAGGCAUACGCAUGCUCCUGUCUACGUACCCCCCCGUGCUGCUAGCAGAUCUACCAUGCUCGUAUCCAGACACACGAACAAUCGCACUCGGUACAGUCGUUCUAUUGCACAAAGAGAGGUUAGCGUGUGUGCAUCGCUGCGUGAGAGGGCUAGAAUACCUCUCAGGAGCAGCAAUUCCCUUUCUGGCACCAGAAGCAGUGCCUCGAUCGGGAGCCCUCUGAUACUUGCUGAUUCCACGCAUUAGACCUCCACCGCUACGUGCUAACGACUCGUUACAUGGUGUACAAUCGAUGAGCACGCACUCGCGUGCGUGUGAGUUCUGUUGUUAUAUGCUUGUAUCCCUUUGCCGCCCUGCUGCUUCGCUGUGUUCCCUUACAAAAUCACGGCCGGCUGCUGUGGCCGUUCCAUGAAAUUCGUCCUGUAUUUGGCUCUGACCAGGUGGCGCCUUGUGCGUCGGUCGCUUUGUGUUAACUUCCCCUCGGACCCGGUUGCACCUUUCGCUGCAAGCUGCGGUUACAGUUCCUGCGCCUUUCGCGGCAUGUUGACUUUCCUUCUGUGCUCUUUGUCGCUCUUCACGCAUUUCUGAACUACGCUGGGUGCGUACGGCGCAACUCGUACGCCGUGCACAGGGCGUUGUUUUUCAUCUUUUAACUCCUUGAAACGUUUGUUUCCCUUUGUCCCUCUAUGUUCUUGGCUGUUGGUUAGCUGUGCGCCUGGUAUGUGCGCCCCGCCGCGCGUUGUUUUGUGGCAUUGCGAUGCACUUGGUGAGUGCGUCCUUCUAGGCCCUAUUUAGCAUAUGUUAUUCUUGUUUAUGUAUUUGUCUUCCUUCAUCUAAUCGCUGUGAGCGCGUUUUAUCUGUACGCCGUCGCUGCCGGUUGUGCGCGGUUGCGUCUUGUGAAUCCGGUGCGCCUUGCGUCGGCCGGGGCGCUGCUGCUCGUACGAACGUCGCUGCUGUGCGUCUGCCACUUUCGAUCGAAGCCGGCCCUCCCCGAGCGCGCCAUGUUCGCCGACGGGGGGGGGAGGUGCUUUCAGCACGGGGGGAGUUGCCCCUAAACGCGGCAGUGGACACAGGGACCACGGCGAGCGGUUCACCGGGCGCUAUGCGUGCCGAAGGGCCCGGGUUUGCUCGUUCGACGCCAGCAGGAGGAUACCCUUUGGGGUCAGGUUCGGGAGGAUCUAGAGAAGGGUGCAGCUCAGGCUACGGUGUGGAUGGUUGGGGGGUUCUGAGUUAUGAGGUUGAGAGCUGCAAGCCCAGGCUUCUGAUGUCGACCCCCAAAUGCAUGGUGGCCAAUAUUCUCGAUGUAAUCCACACAUGACAUGAACUACAAGAGUCAGACUACCGUUGUCACGAAUUCGUGAUUACUUCAUUGACCCGAAUCCGAUUCCGGCCGCUCUAGCGACUUUUGGCCAGAGCCACUGGGCACCUUGAGUGUUCCUUUCGAUGCUUUGGGAGGAAACGCACGUCUCACGUGUGAUGUUCUUUUUCUUUGGUUUCUUGCAACCCGU